GGUAGUUCACUCUCCGCUCGAUAGUUUUUUCAUUUAUUCUCUACCAUUGUUUGAUUUUUUAUAUCUAAAGAAAUAUUUGCAAUUCCCCUUUUGCACAGUAAUUUCCAAAAAUGUCAACUGCCCAAAGAUCAUUUGUGCAGAAAAUGUCAAAGCAACCGGCGGCUGAUGUCCGGAAAAACAUAAGUGUGCAUAUGCAGUCUAAGACCACACACUGCACAUCGAUGUGCUCUUCGACCCUCUCACUUACCGAACCACUUGAUUAUGAAGAAUUUCUAAAUCAACACAUGAAUAUUAUUAACCGAGAUCCGUUAAAGCAUAUUUUGGACUUUCCGCAAGGAGAUGUUACAGUCAAAACAAUACCACGAAAGAUUCGCACUGUAGAUCACAUUAUACCUAAUGAGAAUAUUUCUGAGUUACCCAAACAUGUACAGGAGAGUGUUCGUUGUUACACGAGUCCUUGGAAAGUUGUCGAAUACGCACAUCGCCAUUACUCAAGCUCGUGUUCUACACGUGAACGUAAUGAUCGCGAAACUACUAGCCAUUCGGCGUACCAGCAAGAGUUCGAGAUUGACAACGAUUUUUCUUCUUUUGACGAAUCAUUUACGGACAAAAGUGAAAGCUGCACACCUAGCUCUAGGCAGUCAAUAGUUAGCUUAGCUUCAGUUAGUUCUUGUACCGAUACGCUAACUCCUCGUAGUUCUUGGGCUAGCUUCGACUUACGACGCUCAGUUAAUGAUCCUCUGAUUCCAAAUUUAUUGGAUAAUGUACCGCCGGAUCAGAUUGAUCAAUUGAACGACUCCCGUCGGCAAGAAGAUCGUCAAGGAGCUUUCUUUUCUCUCUAUCCCGAAAUUGAAGUUGAAGAAGCUAUUGAGCGUAGGCUACAAGCGGAGUUGCCAGUAGAGCAUAUAGGUCAUCGCAUACACGUUAAAUGCCUGCAACUCAGAUUGGAGCUAGAAGUAGAACCUAUCUUCGCAUCAAUGGCCAUUUAUGAUGCCAAAGAGCGUCAAAAAGUAUCUGAAAAUUUUUACUUUGAUAUGAAUUCGGACAGUCUAAAGCUUAUGCUGUCAACCCAUGUUCGUUGUGCAGACGUUAGCACACAAAGUCGUUCGGCUAUAUUUGAAAUUUCCUAUCCAAGUAAUGAUUUAUUUCUCGUUAUAAGACUUGAAAAAGUACUACAGGGUGACAUAAAUAAUUCUGUGGAGCCAUAUCUAAAAGAAGACAAGGAAAAAUACAGGGAGAAAGUGAAGUCCAAUGCAAUGGAUUAUUGUGAGCGCCUUGGAAAAUAUCGAAUGCCUUUUGCAUGGACAGCUAUAUACUUGACGAACAUUUUUAAUGGAGACAACUUUGAGAACAAGGACGCCUACGUUGGCGAUAGAGACUCGUCUAACUGUGGUAGCAUUGCUGCUUUAGGUUCUGCUGCAAGCUCAAAUAGCUUAGAUCGAAAGUCUUCUACUAGUAGCUUUGAUCAGCUUCGUAGAAAAGCUAAUGAUAUGAGCGGUACUCUUACAAGGCGCGGUUCACUGGAACGCAAAGAAAAACGUCGCUCUUGGUCACCUGAUGAUUUCGCUAAUGUUGUUGAAAAUUUUCGUCCUAUAACCUUAACGGUGCCUAGUUUCUUUAAGCAAGAGCCCGAUAAAAUGAAAGAUGAAGACUUAUACAAAAUUUUACCCGAACUUAAACGGCCAUGUACGGUUAUAAAGAAAUAUAAAUGUAUUCCGGGAUCUAUAAAGUUGGAAAUAUCGCCAUGUGUUGAAGAUGUUACAAAUGCGUUAACACCAGAAUUGGCAAAAAUCGAGCCGCAUGGAGGAACUAAGACACGCCCAGUUAAAGAAAUAUUAGAGUUUCCACUUCUUCCUAUUUAUAAUCCACACUAUAGCUAUCGGAACUUACUAUUUGUGUCUCCCAAAGAGCUAAAUUUUUCAGCACGUGCAGGUUCUGCUCGAAACAUAGCAAUUCGCAUACAGUUGAUGUCAGGAGAAACUCCAAGUGAGGCAGUCAAUGCCAUAUUUGGAAAAUCUUCAUGCCCAGAAUACGCAACAGAUGUAUUUACAUGCGUCAAUUACCAUAACAAGUGCCCCUCGUUCUAUGAUGAGAUCAAGAUUGCCUUGCCCGCUUCUAUAAAACAACACCAUCAUUUAUUGUUUACCAUCUACCAUGUAUCAUGCCAAAAGAAACCACACGAGUUACAGCUCCCGGUGGAAACUCCCAUCGGAUACACCUGGUUACCACUUCUUGAAGAUGGAAAACUCAAAGUUGGCGAGUUCAACUUGCCUGUCAUGGUUGAAGCACCCCCGAAAAACUAUUCUUUUAUACCACCGAAUGUUCACCUUCCUGGUAUAAAAUGGCUCGACAACCAUCGCUCAGUAUUUUCCAUUAACGUAGCCGCUGUCACAUCAGUUCACACAUUGGAUGCGCACCUCGAUCAAUUCUUUUUGAUGUGCGAAUAUUUAGACUCUGGAAAUAUACCUUCCCAUAUAGGCGAAGGUAAUAUGGAAGCUGAAUUAAAAAAGUGUUUGCUGGAUAUAGAGCAUGCUAAUCGGGAAUCACUUGUAAAGCAUUUGCCCCUUGUGUUAGAUAAGCUAAUUGAAUUGCUAGUUACUACACAUAAAGUAGGUGGACAAACUAUGUGCUUAGGUUCGACAGUGUUUGAAGUGCUAUGUUUGGUUUCAGCACGUUUGUCAAUAUUAAGUGAUGUUGAUCAAUAUGGACGCCAGAGCUUGUUUUCCACGUAUGUUCAGUUUCAGUGCAAAAUACCACACCCGUUGAACACAAAACGGUGCAAAAAGCGAAAUGGUGCAAAUGAAUUCUUAUCAAAAGAAACAUAUGACAGUUAUGAUGUUUUAAGCUCUGAUACUGCAGAACUACAAAAUGAGGCACUUUCGAAUGCAGGGUUAGAAUCUGAUAUGACUCUACGCUUGCUUCACGAAGAGCUCGCCUUGCAAUAUACAUUGUCCAGGGGAAAAGCCGCAGAUUUGGCAAUGACUAAUUCUUGGUUUCUUUUUGAGCUUAUGGUCAAGUCUAUGAUAGAGCACUUAGACAAUUCGAGUACCUUAAAUGCUCCACGUAAACACCGGUUCUCACAACAAUAUAAUGAAGACAUAGCCGCGCUUGUUGCGAUUGUAACUAACAAAGUCAUGGAGUACCACAGCACAGACCCAAGAUUAGCGCAGUCAUUAAACGCAAGCUUAAGCUUUUUAAUUUUUGAUCUAUUAAGCAUAGGGGAUCGCGGAUUUGUUUUUGGCCUAAUUCAAAUAUACUCGAAACUGAUAAUAUCAAGAAAUGCUUCCGGACCUGAGUUGAUGAGCUAUAAAAUUGACUUUCACCGAAUUGUUUGCAGUCACGAACAUUUUAUAGCAUUAAACUUUCCCUUCGGUACUUCUUAUACGACAUUCUCAGCGCCUUGCAGCCCUACUCCCAGCUCAACAUCAAGUACUAGUCAGACUUCAUAUGGCUCCAUUGAACGUUCCUUGCACGCUGACCUAAGUUCUGAGUUUCGUCAACAACAUUUUCUCGUCGGCAUUGUAUUAACUGAUUUGGCCACUGUCAUGGAAAUUCCCAGUCCGCAUCUGCAUGGAAAAGCAAUUAACUGCGUGCGUAAUCUAUUAACUUCACAUGACUCACGGUACGACGCAGAUGUACGCUGCCGAGUAGCUUCACUCUAUAUUCCUCUGCUGUCGAUAGUCAUGGAUAGUUUUUCACAACUUCAUCAAUAUUUAUCGGAUGCUCAAGAUCACGAUCGCCUGCAGCAAAUGGGCCAACUUGAAGACUAUCAAGGACCUCAUCAGACUAUAGCCAAAGCCACUAUCAGCCCUGAAGUAGCAUAUGCUAUUUCUGGUAGCCGCGUAUAUUCCUACAUGACAGAGCCAUCGAAAAGCAAAGUUCCCUUAAACGCAGAGAAUACGCGUCACUUAUUGGCGUGUGUUCUUUGGGUGUUAAAAAAUUUGGAACGGACUGUUCUUUAUCGCUGGUUACUUGGCUUAAGCCCGCAUCGUGUACACCAAAUGUUACAAGUACUAAACACAUGCUUAAAAGCUUUCGAGUACUCGGGUCAAAAGAGGUUGCCCACUUUAAAACGAACCAAUACCCAUAGUUUUCGAAAAACAGCGCCAACUGAUGUAAAGGAAAAGUUAGAAGAAUGCAUUAGAGGAACAAAUUCUGCGCGUUAUGAUUUGAUUAAUCGUCGCAAAGAUCGCAAUUCUACAGAAAAACUUCGCUGGCGCAAGGAUCACAUGCCAUACCGUUCACAGUAUAGUGAAACAGCAUCCAAAAUCGAAACGGAGCUCGAAAUUAGUCAUUUUAUUGAAGGUUCACUUUCUACUGAAAUCUCACUUAUCAUACUAGAUUCCUUAGAAAUAAUAGUGCACGUUGCCACCAAUCUUCAUCACAAUCUUCUUGGGACAGUACUUAAAGUUUUGUUGCAUAGCUUAUCCCGCAAUCAAUCGACAUUGGCUCUACAAAAUUUGUUUGCUUCUCAGCGGGCCUUGAUAUUUAAAUUUCCCAAUCUAUUGUUUGACGAAGAAACUGAUAUAUGUGCGGACUUAUGCCUAUUACUUUUAAAGCAUUGUGCAUCCCAGCUUCCAGGAAUUCGUUCACAGGCAGCUGCAUCAUUGUACUUACUGAUGAGACAAAACUUUGAGAUUGGAAAUAAUUUCGCUCGUGUUAAGAUGCAGGUAACUAUGUCAUUAAGCUCCUUGGUUGGUACGAGUGCUUCCUUUAGCGAACAGUCGCUUCGUCGUGCGUUAAAAACAAUUUUAGUUUACGCUGAGUCCGAUGCAGACUUACAGGAAACUUCUUUCCCAGAACAAGUGCAAGAUCUAUUGUUCAAUCUGCAUAUGAUCCUCUCAGACACCGUUAAAAUGAAAGAAUAUCAAGAGGACCCAGAAAUGUUGCUCGACCUAAUGAAUCGCAUAGCAAAAGGAUAUCAAAACAAUCCAGAUUUGCGGCUUACAUGGCUGGAAAACAUGGCUAAAAAGCACCGUGAACGUGCUAAUCAUACGGAGGCGGCAAUGUGUUAUAUACAUGGGGCUGCAUUAGUUGCGGAAUAUCUAAGUAUGCUCGAAUCGCAAACCCAUUUGCCUAUCGGUGCGGUCAGUUUUCAACGCAUAUCACCAAAUACGUUUAUGGAGUCUGCUGUGUCGGAUGAUGUUCUUAGUCCAGGCGAAGAUGGAAUCUGUCUAGGCAACCACUUCACAGAGACCGGACUAAAGGCGUUGCUGGAAGAGGCAUCCAAUUCUUUUCAAGUCGCAGGCAUGUAUGAAGCUAUGAAUGAAGUUUAUAAAAUAUUACUUCCUAUCUGUGAGGCGAACCGGGAGUUUCACAAGCUCGGAAAAAUUCAUGGCAAACUGCAAGAAGCGUUCAAUCGAAUUGCACAGCUGCACGGUAAGCGAGUAUUUGGAACUUAUUUUCGUGUUGGCUUUUAUGGAGCAAAGUUUGGAGAUCUGGACCAACAAGAAUUCAUCUACAAAGAGCCAACAUUAACAAAGUUGCCAGAAAUAUUUAGUCGACUUCAGAACUUUUAUACGGAAAGAUUCGGUCCUGAUUCCGUGCACAUUAUUAAGGACUCCAAUAAUUUUGACCCAAAUACAUUAGAUUCAGAAAAGGCGUAUAUACAAAUAACUUAUGUCGAACCGUUCUUCGAAACCUACGAAAUGCGUCACCGUGAGACUUACUUUGAACGAAAUUUUAAUAUAAAACGAUUUAUAUUUGCAACGCCCUUCACUAAAAACGGAAAAGCACAUGGAGAAUUACAUGAGCAAUGCAAGCGAAAAACAAUAUUGACAACCGCAAACCACUUCCCAUACGUCAAAACUCGUAUCCAAGUAAUCAAUAGAGCGCAAUUUCAAUUGGAGCCAAUUGAAGUCGCCAUAGAAGACAUCCAAAAGAAGACAUUGGAGUUAGCUGCCGCUACAAAUCAAGAGCCGGCCGAUCCAAAAAUAUUACAAAUGGUCUUACAGGGCUGCAUUGGUACUACUGUUAAUCAGGGACCUAUGGAAAUGGCUAGCGUAUUUUUGUCCAAUCUAUCCGAUGGCACGACUAUACCUACGAAGCAUCAGAAUAAAUUACGGUUGUGCUUUCGAGAAUUUUCAAAACGAUGUGCGGAUGCUCUAAAAAAAAAUAGAAAUCUCAUAUUAUCUGACCAAAAAGAUUACCAGCGGGAACUGGAACGCAACUAUGAACGCUUCGUCGAACGACUGAUGCCGCUUAUCACACUUACAUCUGCACAAACACAAGGAGUUGUAAAAGCUAAUGCUUAUCAAAACAAAAGCACACCACUAAAAUGGUAAUUUACACUAUUUAAAUUCGUGUAUAUUAAUGACAACGACUAUUUAAUCAUUAAUAUUCUUAUUAUCUCAUAUAUUUUUUACAUGCCUAGUGUGUCGGAUUAUUUUAAGUAAAUGUUCAUGUAUACAAUACCUAAAUCUUUAAACUAGGUAUUACUU